UUUUUUUUGUAGCUAUUACUUUUUUUAGGUAUUUAUUCUCUCCCUCUCCUUCCUUGGUUCUAUAUAUUAUUGUUUUCCCCCCACUUGACUUCUUCCUCUCUGCUCUGCUCCUCCAAAGUCCAACCCCUCACCUCCUCUCUCUCUCUCUCUCCCCUUUUUCUCUCUCAUAAGCAAAAGUCAGCGCCUUGUUUUGUCUUCUCCCGAAAAACAGAGCGCUCUCCUCUGCAACCACAAAGACAGAGCACGGGUUUCCCCAUACCCACCACUUCACCGGCCGCUCCUCUUGUCCCCCCGCCAAUCCCUUCCAUGGCCGACGAUUGGGAUCUCCUCGCCGUCGUCAGAGGCUGCUCCGCCGCUUCUUCCUCCGCCAUCCCCACCUGCUGCAAUACAACCACCACCAGCAGCAGCAGCAGCGCUUCUUCAUCCUUCCAGCUCGAUUUCCACUCUCAGUCGCCGUCGCCGUCGUCUUCCUUCACUCCUUACGGCCUCGAGCAAGUCUCCCGAUUCUUCUGUUCAUCACCAUCAUCAGUAGCAGCAGCCAGCCCCGUGGAUUUGGCGAGAAGGGAUUUAAUUGGAGACAAGCUGGAUGAGCUUUACAAGCCCUUUUUCCCCAGAUCUCAUCAUUCUCUGUCUCUCCCUCCGCCGCCGCCGCCACCGACGACGAAUGCUUCCGCCUCCCUGAUUUCUCCUCCAUUUCCUGCCGACCAAACGAACCCAGCUCCGCCGCCCUUCCUCCUCCGCAACCAACCGCCGCUCAAACGCCCGCUUCCUUCCUCUGCCUCCGCUCCUAGUUCAUCCCGUUCCAAAAGAAGAAAGAACCAGGUGAAGAAGGUUUGCCAGGUGCCGGCGGAGGCGCUCUCUGCCGAUGUCUGGGCAUGGCGGAAGUACGGUCAGAAACCCAUCAAAGGCUCUCCUUACCCUAGGGGAUAUUACCGAUGUAGCACAUCCAAGGCUUGUAUGGCCCGGAAACAGGUGGAGCGGAACAGAUCCGACCCGGGAAUGUUCAUCGUCACCUACACGGCGGAGCACAGCCACCCGGCUCCCUCCCACCGCAACUCCCUCGCCGGAACCACCCGCCACAAGACAUCUCCGGCCGACGAAUCGGAGAAGCCCUGUUCCGACGUCAAGCCGACCAGUUCGUCUCCGACGACUCCCGCGGAGGACGACGAUCAGCAGCAGCAGCUCCUCCUCCAGGGCACGGCGGCGGCGGAGAGCAAGGAAGUGGAUUUGGAGAUGAUCGAGGACGAGGAGGACAACGAUGAGUCGGGGAACUGCGGCGGGUUCUCGCCGGAUGCUCCGGACGACGAUUUCUUCGUGGGUUUGGAGGAGCUCACGAGUUUGGCUGCGGGUGAUUGCUUUUCCGUGCCUUUCCCGACGGGGUUUGGGUUCCCUAGGCUCGCCACCGCCGGCAGUUUCUGAGACUUUGAGUGAUGCGACUCGCGGCUCUGCUUUCCUGCUACUUUAUUACCCUUUUUAAGAAAAAAAGAGAACAGUUAGCUUAAAUGGGUUCUAUUCAAUUUAAUCGUUGUUGUUGUUGUUGUUACUGACCAUCGAAAGCUUUCUUUUUUUGUUGCUUAGAUACAGAGAUUUUUGUUGUUUGUUUAGAGCGACUAUCAAACAAAUGUGUGGUUGGUGAUGGAACAAAUGUUCGAUUGUAGAAGAAAGGUGCGGAACAAAGCAGAAAUUCCAUUGCAGUAGACGAUUGAGUGGCUUAGUUGAGAAUUCAGACAUAUUCUUCGCU